GUUGACGUGUUUAUAUCUCCAAGGUUGAAACUACAACCAAACUGUUCGAUAUUGCUGCACAAAAUAAGACCGAUCGGAGAAAUUUUGCAACAUAGCAAGCAUCCGACCCCAGAAUUGUUAACGAUCAUUGCAUUAACAAAAAUUGAGCAAGCUACUCUCGAUCGUUUGUGAGCAUUGGAUGGUCGUGUCGGUUGUCGAUCCUAUCCUAGGGAUUCUCCAAGAACGCAGUGUACAGGUAGAAAACUUUCAUCAUAGAGGUUGACCACUUCUAGUCAUGUUACGGCGUGUUGUAGUGGAGAAUUACGUUAUCUUCAAGGGUCGCCAUGAACUCGACUUCGAUGGCAAAGAAGGCAGGCAUUUUUACACUUUUGUCGGAGAGAACGCGAGCGGUAAAAGUAGCUUGGUGGCGCUCAUUAAAGCUGCCUGCAAUCUCCAAGAUGAGGGGCCAGAUUUUGAGGUCAUAACUAAUGGCAAAGGCGAGUCCAAAGCAGUCUGUCAUUUUGAAUUUAGCAAUGGCAAAGAGUUGGUUAAGGUAUGCGAAGAAUCCUGUGCAACCGCUGGACAAGCCACGAAAUUAUCCGUAGGCUUAAGCUCUUGGUUUUGUGAUGAAUUAAUCAAGAUCCCCUCGGCUUUACUCGAACCAAUCAAAAUGGCUUGUCGCCAUGUCAAUUCAAAACUAGACCUUCUCGUUGGUCACAGACACCAACCAAUAGGAACUCAGUAUUCAAGACCCGCUUAUGAUCCUGAAUUAGAUCCGCUCUGCAACUCUCAGUUUUUGUAUAUUAUAAUGGACGAUGGUAUAUUUGUUGCUACCAAGUCAGAGGGGAUUAUCACUACUGGAUUCCACGAGUUGCUACCAGAGGGGGUCAACCCUAUGGACUGGAUCCCUCAACAUUCGUUUCUCCUCAACGUAAUUAAAGUUCCGUAUAUUGCCGAGGGACUUUUAAGGAACGCUUCCUGUAGUAGCUUGGAGUCUGUGUUCCAGUGCAACUUUGCAAAUAAGGUAGCACUUGAGCCCACUACUGAAGGUGUCGCUAUGGAAACAGUUGAAGGUCUCCAAUCUGAUGUGGAUGGUGGGAUCAUAGGUAUGAUGCAAGGUGACGGAGGGAAGAUUUUCAAGACGGGCCACUGUGAGACAGAAAAUGCGAGCCCAAAGCUCGAGCGUCGGCAAACUGCUGGUCAGCGGCAUUCCUUCAAGCGCAUGUCAAGUUUUGGUGGAUUGGCGUGGUCUAAUUACCACGAGCUGAAGAAAAUCAUAGUCCUUGAUCUGUUGCGUGGUUUUCCGCCUGAAAACUGGUCGGAUAUACAUGUUCUCUUCCACGAGAUUAUCGGUAGCAAAUCUAUUUCUUUUGAACUGAACACGCAGAAUCUCCCCCAAGAAUCCUUCAAGAUCGUAGAUACCAAAACAGGGAGAGUGAUGCGAAGGAUCCCAGAAGGGUUGUUCACUGCGUUCAUCAUAGCAGCCCUGCUCGUCAAACCAGGGUCUAGAAAUGUCAUCCUGGACGAACCGACCCGCGGAAUGCACCCGCUGCAGACCCGAAGGUUGCGCAACAUUCUAAUGCGUGAAUCAGUCAAGAGGCGCAAGUGUAUUAUCGCGGCUUCUCAUUCUCCCGAGCUUCUCGAUGUCGAUAGAAUCACUCUAAUCUGGCGAUUCCAACUUCUACCGGACGGAUACUGCCAGAUAAGACGAGUGACGGCCAAAUAUACCGAGAGAGAGCUGCUGUUUAUUGGUGGAGCCGAGGUACGCGAGAUCUUCUUCUCGCGACAUAUAAUUUGGGUCGAAGGAGAGAGCGACAAGAGAUUUAUCGAGGCCUUGCUGGGCUUGUUUGACGAGGGGCAAAGCGAUCUGUGGAAAGUCCUCACGGAACAUUGCACAAGGACACUGCUAUCUCGUGAGGAAUCCGCGACAACCGAUGGACGUUCUCCGUCGAGAAGCCCUUCCCCCAGACCUUUCCCACACACUUACGAUACGUUUAUUGCGACCCUGUUUCAAGAUCCAGCGUACGAGAGACAAUACUUCACAGACGAGCAACUGAGCCUCGUGCAAGAAGCUGUCCGAAGCUGUAAGGUUGUAUCUAUUGGAGGAAAGAAAAACCUCUGGAAAGGAGCUGGAAUCUGUCGAGAUUUGAGAAUCCCUUUUGCGGUGAUCUGCGAUUUAGAUGCGAUUGUUCCAAACUCGCGGGAAAACUCCAUCCUUUCCCAGUUCGAGAAAUGUGAUGGGAAUUGGGAAGCAGCGAAGAUCCCGCACGCCAAGACGAGGCUUGUAGACGAGGAGGAAAGCCCCGCUUCCAAAGCCAUCGACGAGAACGAUCGAGAUCGUAUCGCUAAACUGAAAUCGUUACGAUAUGUCGGGGACGUCAUGCGCUUCUACGACAAGGAACUGUACUUUUUUACUUGGCGGUUGAUGGGAGGGGAGAUUGAAGACGCUGUGCGGCUGACACGUGCACAAUUUGGUAAGAAGCUGUGGCCGGAUAUGCUAUCUGCUGAACUCAAAGAACUAAUAAUAUCCCUAUUGGAUCCAAGGAAACUACUCCUGAAGGAUCCUAAAUCAAAGGAGGCGACUAAGCAACCUAAUUUAGAAAUAUUAAGAUGUAUAUAUUUUUUGAUCCGAUUCUUCAGAGAAACUUUACAAUUUAAAAUUUAAAGAACCCGAAUAGAUCGUUUUCACU